UGGGAGUGGCGCUCUGGUUCGUCACCACCGCCCCUUUCACCACCGUUCGCUAUGGGAUCUGUCACCUGACUCGGCUCAAACAUGGCUGCGCUGGAAGCUAAAAUGUAUUUGGCUCCCGGAGCAGGAGGUACUCCACGAAUGAGAAUGUGUUCCGCCUAACAGAUCUCUUUCUAUCUCCCUGCACUCUGUGCUGGGAAAAUGAGUUAUCCGUUUGGAAAAGAGGAAAUCGCUACCGAGAAGCAGCUUUUUGAAUUUUUCUGUGAGUGUCUGCGGAGGGGAGAAUGGGAGUUGGCCCAGGCGUGUGUUCCUCAGCUACAGGAGGGUCGGGGGGAUAUCUCCAAGAAGGUGGAAGACAUUCUACAGGCGCUGGUGCUGUGUCCGAAUCUGCUAAGAUGUGGGCAGGACAUCAAACCACAAAUAUUAGCCUGGCUCUGGCUUCUUGUAUUGGAAAAAUGGUUGGCCAAGGAAAAGAAGUUACUUCCUGCUGUUUUCCGGAGAAAACUUGAAUUUAUUUUUCUGUCAGAAGACCUCCCAGGUGACAUUCCAGAGGACAUCCUCAAGGAGCUAUAUGAGACCUUAGCACAAGACCCAGUGGGCUAUGUGCCUGAUGGAAGUCAGAGAGGAGAGAACUGGAGCCCUCAGCUCAGCUCUGAAGCUAUCUCUGUGCUCUGGGAUAUUCUAAAGCAAGCUCCCCAACCAGCCCAGACCCUGUUGGAACUUCUGCUUGAGGAGUGCCAUGGCCCCAGCCUCUGUCACAGGCCUUUGCAGAAGACACUGGUGGACCUCAUUCGAAAGGCAUUGCAGACUCUGCAGGACCCUGCCUCUCAGCCCCCUGGGGUGGUUGAUGCCAUCUAUGGAGGCCUGAGAACUCUGCAUUGCACUGUAGAGCCACCCGAGGUCGACUGGCAUGUGCUGUGCGAAGAAUUGUUAGAGACCUGCAGAACAGAGGGGAGUCCUCUGCAAGAGGAACGUCUGCUUGGUUGCUUGUUGCACAAGGCAGGGCAUAAUCUGCUGUCCCUCUAUGGCCAUACCUACACAGAGAAGUUGACAGAAAAGCCACCAAAGGACACACUUUCAGGAAAAGUCUCCCCAGAUCAUCCAGAGCCUGAAAAGGCAAUGCUGACCCUGUUUUCCACUCCUGACCCAGCUGAAGCUUGGAAAAUGGCCUUUUUCUACUGCCUGAGCAACAACAAACACUUCCUAGAGCAGAUCUUGGUAACAGCACUAACCCUGUUGAAGGAAAAUGACUUCCCAAGCCUUGACUGCCUGCUUGAUAGAGAAUUCAGGCCUCUCAGUCAGUUGCUCGUGCUCCUGGGCUGGACACACUGCCAGAGCCUUGAGUCUGCGAAAAGACUGCUCCAAACCCUCCACAGGACCCAGGACCAAGGCCAUGAUGAGCUGCUCAGGGAUGCCUGUGAAGGACUGUGGGCUCACUUGGAGGUCCUGGAGUGGUGUGUACAGCAGAGCAGCAGCCCCAUACCAAAGAGAGAUCUCUUAUGUCAUUUACAUGGUGGAGACAGCCACUCAGUGCUCUACUCUCUCCAUCACCUUACAAACCUUCCAGCACUCAGGGAGGAAGAGGUUCUCAAGCUCUUACAGAAGGUGCCAGCCAAGGACCUCCAGCAAGAGCAUGAUACAACUGAUGUGGUCCCUGAGCACCUGAGCCAGUGCCAGAGCCUGACCCUCUACCAGGGCUUCUGUGCCAUGAAGUAUGCCAUCUAUGCCCUCUGUGUGAACUCACAUCAGCACUCCCAGUGCCAGGAUUGCAAAGACCGCACCUCUGAGGACCUGGCCUUGGAGCCAGGGAAUGACUGUCUCCCCUCCCCAGGUGCUUCACCUCUCUUCUCACAAUACCUGGCCAGGUGUCGACAGUAUUUACACAGUGUCCCUGACUCUCUGUGCCUGGAACUUCUCGAAAACAUCUUCUCGUUGCUCCUCAUCACCUCUGCCGAUCUUCACCCAGAACCUCACUUACCCGAGGACUAUGCUGAGGAUGAUGACCUGGAGGGGAAAGGCCUCCAGGGAUUGAGGUCACCAUCAGAGAGCCCUCAGCACAUAGCACAGCCUGCGAGGAAGUCAGAGCGGAGUUCUCUUGGACCCAGGAGCCUUGCUCAUACAGUGCCAAGCUAUCCAAAGACAGAACCAAAAGGCAGUUCUCCAGGACCUCACCGGAACAACUUUUUGGAUCUGAAGCACUUGACUAGUGGCAUCAGUGGAUUCUUGGCUGAUGAAUUUGCAAUAGGAGCAUUUCUUGGUCUUCUUCAGGAGCAGCUAGAUGAGAUAAGCAGCCAUAGCACCCCAGCAGAGUCAAUGUUGCUAGAAGGCCAGAGCUUCCCAGGAGGCAGGGAUGGACUGCAGAGCCGCCUACAUCGGUUUUCCAAGGUUCUCUCUGAGGCUCAGUGGAGAUACAAGGUGGUAACAAGCAACCAGGGCUCAGAAGAGCAGCCCUCUCGAAGGUACCGGCCCAUUGCCACAAGGCACUCUAGUCUCCGCAGAGGUCGCCGGACAAGAAAGGGCCGGGCAGAUGGUCGGAGCAGAGGCUCUAACCUAACCCUGGAAAGUACAAGUAGUGAGCUGAGUACAAGUACUUCAGAAGGGAGUCUGAGUGCUGUGUCUGGGCAGAUUGAGCUGGAUGGGCGGUUGCAGCCCCAACCUCAGAGUUCCCUCAUCCCCAUGAUGUUCUCCCCACCUGAGUCACUGCUGGCAUCCUGUAUCCUUCAAGGGAACUUUGCAGAAGCCCAUCAGGUGGUAUUCAUGUUCGACCUAAAGUCCUCUCCCAGCGCAGGGGAACUGAUAUUUGUGGAGCGCUACCAAGAGGUGAUCCAGGAGUUGGCCCGAGUAGAGCAUAAGAUUGAAAACCAAAACUCAGAUGGGGGUAACACCACCAUUCGGCGAACUGGCAGUGGCCGCUCCACUCUGCAGGCCAUUGGCAGCGCCGCAGCAGCAGGGAUGGUGUUUUACUCCAUCUCUGAUGUGACGGACAGGCUACUGGACACCUCCGAAGACCCUAUCCCCACACUCCAGGAGGACUUUUGGAUAAAUGCUACUCUGAUGGAGCCUGCCAUGCCUCUGAGCGAGGUUCUGAAAGACCUCAGUCCUCCUGCUAUGGCUGCAUUUGACUUAGCUUGCUGUCAGUGCCAUCUCUGGAAGACCUGCAAACAACUCUUGGAAACAGCUGAGCGGCGUCUGAACAGCAGCCUUGAGAGCCGGGGUCGGCGGCUAAACCAGGUUCUCAAUGCUGAUGGUAUUCGAGGUUUUCCUGUUGUUCUUCAGCAAAUUAGUAAGAUUCUCAGUUAUCCACUUAUAUUAGCUGGACAUGCUAAAUCAGAGACUCUAGAAGAAAAGGGAGGAGGCUCUCUUCGAUGCAGUAUCACUGAGCUGCUUCAGAUGUGCUGGCCCAGCCUCACUGAGGACUGUGUAGCCAGCCACACCAGCCUCUCUCAGCAACUGGAUCAGGCUCUUCAGGCCCUGAGAGAGGCACUAGCACUCCCAGAGCCCAAAAGUACUCCACUUGACUCCCUAGUAGAUCAAGCAUCUCAGAAAGCUCCUGAGGCAGAAGCCCACCUUGUGCACAUCCAAAGUCAGCUCCUCCAGAAGACCCUGGGCAAACAGACGCUGGCAGACAGCAGACAGACUGACUAUGUGGGCACUUUCUUCAGCUACUGCAACUCCCUGGCUACAAUUCUCCUUCGGAGUUUGAGUGCUGAUCCUGAUAAGGUGGAGAUUAAGAUUGGAAACCCCUUUGUUCUUCUGCAACAGAGCUCUUCCCAACUGGUCUCAUACCUCCUGCUUGAGAAACAAGUUCCUCCAGACAGGCUGGCAGCCCUUCUUGCCCGGGAGGGUCUCAACCUAAGUGUGCCUCAAGUCAUCAUCAACUGCUGCUGUGAGCCCCUUACUCUUUGCCCUUCUCGACAAAGCCAACAGGCCUCAUCGCUUCUGAUCCACCUGGGUGUCCUGGCUCAGCAGUACACCUCUCACCUCCUGGAUGGUGUCCCACUCUCUACGCCAAGCUCCCCUAGACCAAAUGAGAAUCCUGCAGCAACAGAGAAGAAGUCUCGUUCCUCCCCAAGGGACUCCUUACUCCCGGGCUUCACCUCCUCUGCCUUGGCUUUCCUUAAGUCCUGCUCAGAGCUACUGGCCACAGUGGCCUGCCUGGGGGCUUCUCGGGGGACAAAGGCCAGCAAGCCCAGUCUGUCUUGGAAGGAAUUGUGUGGUCGCAGGGAGGCACCUCUGACUGUGGAGAAGGUAGCCCAGGAGUGUGAGCACCUCCUAGAACAGUUUCCUAUGCUCGAGGCCUCCCUCUUGGCAGCUUGGGAGCCUCUACACGGGUCCUCUGAGCAGGAACAGGGUCUGGCAGCCAGUCUCUGUGGUCAGGCCAAUCUCUCUACUGUCCUUUUGGGUCUGCAUUCUCCUGCUGCCGUGGAUGUACUGACUGAGGCCUUUGAGGAAGCCCUGGUGGCCAGAGAUUGGCCACGUGCCCUUCAGCUCAUUGAAGUGUAUGGGCGAGAUUCCGAUGACCUAAGCAGCGUGAGGGAUGCAGUCCUGAGCUGUGCUGCAGCCUGUGACAAGGAAGGUUGGCAAUACCUAUUUCCUGUGAAGGAUGCAUCUCUGAGAAGUCAGCUGGCCUUACAGUUUGUGGACAGGUGGCCCCUGGAGUCAUGCUUAGAGAUCCUGGCCUACUGCAUUUCAGACAUGGCUGUCCAAGAAGAACUAAAAUCUGAGCUUCAGAGGAAGCUUGUGGAGCUACGGAUCUACCAGAAGAUUCUAGAUUUGCAAGAUCCUCCAGUGUGGUGUGAUUGGCAGACCCUGAGGAGCUGCUGUGUUGAGGACCCAUCGUCUGUCAUGAACAUGAUUCUGGAAGCAGAGGAGUAUGGGCUGUGUGAGGAGUGGGGCUGCCUGUACCCAAUCCCAAGGGAACAUUUAAUCAGUCUUCAUCACAAGCAUCUUCUCUACCUGCUAGAAAGAAAAGAACAUGAAAAGGCUCUGCAACUCCUACAAAGAAUCCCUGACCCCACCAUGUGCCUUGAGGUCACAGAGCGGUCCCUUGACCAGCACCCUAGCUUGGCCACUUCACACUUCUUGGCCAACUACCUCACCUCCCACUUCUAUGGAGAACUGACCACUGUCAGACACCGUGAAAUCCAGGCAUUGUACAUGGGAUCCAAGGUUCUGCUGACCCUGCCUGAGCAGCACCGGGCCACCUAUGCCCACUUGUCCUCCAAUCCUCUGCUCAUGUUGGAGCAGCUACUGAUGAACAUGAAAGUGAACUGGGCUACUGUGGCUGUACAGACUCUGCAUCAGCUGCUGGCUGGACAGGAGAUUGGCUUCACCCUGGAAGAGGUUGACUCGCUGCUUUCCAGAUAUGCAGGGAAAGCCCUGGACCUCCCAUACCCUCUGAGAGAAAAAAGAUCAGAUUCUGUGAUUCACCUCCAGGAACUUGUCCCUCAAGCUUCAGACCUGGAGACCCUGUCUAGAUCAUCCUCAGCUGAGUUCUCUGCUGCUACUGUUCCUGGGAGUACCCUAGUACAUUCUCCCAGUCCAAAGGAGAGGAGUUUCCCUCAGACUCAGCCCCUGCUGGAGUUUGUGCCCCCAGAAGCACCCCCUGCCAGGGAUCAAUGGGUCCCAGAUGAAACCGAAAGCAUCUGCAUGGUCUGCUGCAGAGAGCAUUUCACUAUGUUUAACAGGCGUCAUCAUUGUCGCCGCUGUGGCCGACUAGUGUGUGGUUCCUGCUCCACUAAGAAAAUGGUUGUAGAAGGCUGCAGAGAGAACCCUACACGUGUGUGUGACCAGUGCUACAGUUACUACAACAAAGAUGUACCAGAGGAGAAUCCAUGCCAGUCAGAAGUCCCAGACAGUUCUAAGAGUGAAAGCCCUCCAUAUUCAGCUGUGGUGAGAGUCCCCAAAGCAACUGAGGUGGAAUGGAUUUUGAGUCUAAAUGAGGAGGAAAAUGAGCUGGUGCGGAGUGAAUUUUACUAUGAGCAGGCCCCCAGUGCCUCUCUGUGCAUUGCCAUCCUGAACCUGCACCAGGACAGCAUUGCUUGUGGUCACCAGCUGAUCGAGCACUGCUGCAGGCUGUCCAAGGGCCUCACCAACCCAGAGGUGGAUGCAGGACUGCUCACAGACAUCAUGAAGCAGCUGCUCUUCAGCGCUAAGAUGAUGUUCGUCAAGGCUGGCCAAAGUCAGGACUUGGCUCUUUGUGACAGUUACAUCGGCAAGGUAGACGUGCUGAAUAUUCUCGUCGCUGCCGCCUAUCGCCACGUGCCAUCUCUAGAUCAGAUCUUGCAACCAGCUGCAGUAACCAGGCUAAGGAACCAGCUCCUGGAAGCUGAGUACUACCAACUGGGCGUGGAGGUCUCUACAAAGACUGGACUUGAUUCCACAGGGGCAUGGCACGCCUGGGGCAUGGCCUGCCUCAAAGCCGGGAACCUCACUGCUGCACGGGAGAAGUUCAGUCGCUGCCUGAAGCCCCCUUUUGACCUCAAUCAGUUGAGUCACGGCUCGAGGCUGGUCCAGGAUGUGGUUGAAUACCUGGAGUCCACAGCAAGGCCUCUUGUUUCCUUGCAAGAUGAUGAUUACUUUGCCACCCUGAGGGAAUUGGAAGCCACCCUUCGAACCCAGAGCCUCUUCCUGGAGGUAAUUCCUGAAGGGAAGAUCAUGAACAACACCUACUACCAAGAAUGCCUCUUCUACCUUCAUAACUACAGCACCAACCUGGCCAUCAUCAGCUUCUACAUGAGACACAGCUGCCUUCGGGAAGCCCUGCUGCACCUGCUCAAUAAGGAAAGUCCUCCAGACGUCUUCAUAGAAGGCAUUUUCCAGCCGAGCUAUAAAAGUGGAAAGCUACACACUUUGGAAAAUUUGCUGGAAUCCAUUGAUCCAACCUUGGAGAGCUGGGGAACAUACCUGAUCGCCGCCUGCCAACAUCUACAGAAGAAGAACUACUACCACAUUCUGUAUGAGCUGCAGCAGUUUAUGAAGGACCAAGUCCGGGCCGCCAUGACCUGCAUUCGGUUCUUUAGUCACAAAGCAAAGUCAUACACAGAGCUGGGAGAGAAGCUCUCAUGGCUUCUUAAGGCUAAGGACCACCUGAAGAUCUACCUCCAAGAAACAUCCCGCAGCUCUGGAAGGAAGAAAGCCACCUUCUUCCGAAAGAAGAUGAGUGCAGCUGAUGUGUCCAGGCACAUGAAUACACUUCAGCUGCAAAUGGAAGUGACCAGGUUCUUACAUCGGUGUGAAAGUGCUGGAACCUCUCAAAUCGCUACUUUGCCUCUGCCAACACUGUUUGGAAAUAACCACAUGAAAAUGGAAGUUGCCUGUAAGGACUUCCAGCUGGAUGCUGCUGCAACGUACUGCAGAGCUGCCCGGCAGCUGGUGGAGAAGGAGAAAUACAGUGAGAUCCGACAGCUGCUUAAAUGCGUCAGUGAGUCAGGCAUGGCAGCCAAAAGCGACGGUGACACCAUCCUCCUCGACUGCCUGGAAGCCUUCAAGAGAAUUCCACCACAGGAACUGGAGGGCUUGAUCCAGGCAAUUCACAACGAUGACAACAAGGUCCGAGCCUACCUGACAUGUUGCAAACUGCGCUCUGCCUACCUGAUCGCCGUGAAGCAAGAAUAUUCACGGGCUGCCGCCCUCGUCCAGCAGGUGCAACAGGCCGCUAAGAGCAGUGGGGAUGCUGUAGUGCAAGACAUCUGUGCUCAGUGGCUUCUGACAAGCCACCCCCGAGGUGCCCAUGGCUCAAGUUCCAGGAAGUGACCCUAGGCUGCAGGGCACUGAACACAUAACCUGGAACUAUGGCAACAGGUGGAACACCCUCCACCUCCUUCUCUGGCUCUGCCCAAGGUGAAGUAAGCAGGAUUGGACCCUACUUGCUGGGAUGGGCAAGAGCAGGACCUUUCACACAAGUGCCAUGUUUCUAUAAUAUUGUAGAGUCUGUUUGUCUGGAGAUAGCCACUUCUUUCUACCUCAGAGUGACUGUGUGCAUAUGUGCACAUAAGUGUGCAUGCUCCUGUGCACUCAUGUUUACGCCCAAGUACUUUAUGAACAAAUGAGAGUCUCCCCAUUGAAAAGAGGCACUUUACUUUAGACUUCUGCUCUGAAAACCUUCCCUGCAUUUUGGUUCUUAACCCGGGUCAUCCUGAUUUGUACACAGUCCCCUCUGUGAAGUCAUGCUUUAAUAGCUCAUCUUAACUGGAGGGCUUUAACAGAGAAUGACAGGCAAUGCCAGAAAGAUUGCUUCUUUUCCUUUCCCAAAAUUCAGAGAUAGCUGCGGGGCAGUGCUGCCUGUGGAAUAUGGCAGCUCUCCGGAUGACUCCUCUCAUAAGCACAAGGAACUGAGAGUCUUCGAGGUAGAGGAACACAAGGUUUUCAGGUGCAGGCAUCUGAGAACUCUGGCUUUAGUACAAAUGGUCAGGUCUCGGAGGAUGGGGCAAGGCACCAUCACAUCCAGGGGGGAAGGAAAGGUAGGCCUCUCCGAGCACAGAGCUGGCUCUUGUGACUAUCCCUGCUGCAAAGUUGAUGGACGAGGAAGUAUAGGUCCUUCUUUCAGAGUCUGGGGAGGGAAAUGGUAGCCAGGAUCCUAGGACUGAAUGGUUGGCCUCUUACCUAUUCAAGUUCCCAUCCUGUUUGUGCCUCUUGAUUUGUUAAGAAACCAUUUCCCCAUUCCUGUAGGCUUCCCCUCAGUCUCCUCAGGACCAUGGCUAGAUAUGCAAACACCUAGCUCACUGAGGCAGCACUACACUUGUCUCAACAGAGGGAAUCAGAGGUUCACUUCAGAGUUGUGUCUUCAGAUGAGUCAGAGCAAGUGGAUAACAAAUAAGUACCAUCUGGUUGGUGAGAAACUAGAUGAAGGAUUUCUUUAAUGUGCAUAGUCUUCCCAUCUGGAAGUGUUUAAGGUAAGCUCGUUCAGUGACUAAUUUACAAUGAGAGGCCUAAAGAAGAGCCUGGUAGCACUAAGUCUCCCACCAGCCAGAGCUCGGCCUGUUGCUCUCACUUUUGCUGCUAAGACAAAAGGAACUAGAAGCUGAAGUCAGUAUCUCUGGUGCUUAGAAACCCUGUGGAUUUCCCUCUGACCCAAGCUUUUCAGAGUAAACAACUGUUAAUGGACAUCCAAGGUUUGGUCCUAUUAGAAAGGCAAAAGCCUGAAGGAAAAUACUAGAUCUCUUAAGGGUGAAGCCUAAGAUGUGGCUUUCCCUUCCUAGAGUUCAGCUUCCAGGAAACAUCAUUGCCUGGUGCCUGUUGUUUGCCUGCCCUUGUCUCCCCUUUUUGCACUGAGCAUAAGCACUUUACACAACUGGUUUGCAAAUCUUGCAACCCUUAAUUUCGGAUAUUAUGACCAGAUUUCCCUGACUUUCAUCUAACUUGUUGAACUGUAAAAUAGGCAACCAUUGACCAGACUGACAAAAAGAGACUACAGUCACACUUAGAGCAUCAUACUGUGGUCUCCUGCAGAGCAACAGUAACACCAAAAUAAAUACAUGCCAGGGCGGGGGGGUGUUAAUGUUCUACUACAAGCAAGCCACAAUAAAGUCUCUAACCCAGCUA